GUCAGCUGACCAGGGUCCGCGUAGGCGGAAUCUGAAGUCCGGCUGGCCGGACUGACCCAGCUAAGGGACUGGCUGGGCGGCCGACGGACGGACAGGCUGGGGCGGCCUCGGCGGCGUUAGCUGAGCAGGGGCAGGAUUUCCUUGGGGAGAAUCUUCACUCAGAGCUUGCUGACAGCCAAGGAUGGCAAGCAAAGGGCCCUCGGCCUCUGCAUCUCCUGAGAACUCUAGUGCAGGGGGGCCCAGCGGCAGCAGCAAUGGCGCUGGUGAGAGCGGAGGGCAGGACAGCACCUUCGAGUGCAACAUCUGCCUGGACACAGCCAAGGACGCCGUCAUCAGCCUGUGUGGCCACCUCUUCUGUUGGCCGUGCUUACAUCAGUGGUUGGAGACGAGACCUAACAGACAGGUGUGUCCAGUUUGCAAAGCUGGCAUCAGCCGCGACAAGGUGAUCCCCCUCUAUGGCAGGGGCAGCACUGGGCAGCAGGACCCCAGAGAGAAGACUCCUCCCCGUCCUCAAGGACAGAGGCCAGAACCGGAGAACAGAGGGGGAUUUCAAGGGUUUGGAUUUGGAGAUGGUGGCUUCCAGAUGUCUUUUGGAAUUGGGGCAUUUCCCUUUGGCAUAUUUGCCACAGCAUUUAACAUAAACGAUGGGCGGCCUCCUCCAGCUGUCCCCGGAACGCCCCAGUACGUGGACGAGCAGUUCCUGUCACGCCUGUUCCUGUUUGUGGCCCUGGUGAUCAUGUUCUGGCUAUUGAUUGCCUAAUGCUGGGCUCCCGGCCUACAUCCAUGCAGGGCCUCUGGACCGGUGACAUGCCACCCCCACUCUUGAUGUUUGGCUUCCUGGCUAAUCCUGACCUCUGGAAUCAGUGGGGUCGCUGACACAUCAAGGAGUUUUGCUUCUCCAUCAGAGCUUUGGGACUCAAGACCAGUUGUUGAGGACCCUGGAGUGUGGCCACUGCUGUAAACACCUCAGGCCUUGGCAUUGAGUCAUCUCUCAUGGGUUACACCGUGAAAUCCUGUUCCACCCAGCGCAGCAGGUCCUGACUCUGCACAGGGAAGAGGCAGGAGAAGAGGAAUUGUCAGGAAAAUUUCACCUGAAUUUAAUAUUAUAAAAACAAAGGGACAAACCAAAUAUGGAAACUUUUUUUCAUCUCUUUAAAUAUCCCUUGGUAAGUGGCCUCUGAAGUCAGUGGGACUCCUCAUACAGAGAGGUUCCCCUUCCAGAUCGCAGUGCUAUUCUGUCCUAUUUCCUCUUCAGCAGAGAUGCAAGAAAUUGCUGUCCUAUUAAGAUCAUAAUUGCAGCAGCUGGAGCUGGAGUCAAUUCAUGAAUUCACCAGGGACCCAAAGAUCUAUUGCCUCUGGGCUGUGCUCAGUGUCUUUGGCUCCAGAGUGGCUUGAAUGACCUCCUGGUUUCCUGGCGUAGAUUAUCCCCAGAGACAUGUGGUUUCCCAUCAGUUUUCCCCCAAAACUAUGCAAAUCUGCCUCCCUGCCAGAGGGCACCCAGCCUAGAUUACUGUUGAAGCCAGGACGGACUGCUGUUAGGAAAGACCUGCAGUCGGGGCUCAGGUGGGAUUCGGAGCUCAGAUGCAGGAGCGACUGAACAAGCAGCCUUGUCCCUAAGGCCACAGAAGCUCCAGGUGCAUCCUUUCCCAGACCCCACAAAGGAAACUGGGAACCUUGUUGAGUCAUCCCAGCUGCAUGUUGAAGACCACCCUCCUCAGAAGCCAAAUUGUCCUUAAAGAAGAGGCAGGGAAAGGGGAGACCGAGCAUGUGACUCUGAUUUUGGUAUGGUUUGAAGACCUCUUGUGUGUGUGCUAAAACCAUGGAAGCACUCUACUCCAGAGCAGGCAACCCCUGGUGGUUUGUAAAGCCGGGCGCAGAGCCCAGGGAGCCUCAGCACAAAGAUAGGAUGUGGUCUGCCUGUGGAAGUCUUCCCCUGGAAACUUGCAGGGAAGUCAUUCUUCCCAAGCCCUUGAUUUGUUUUUCAACUUCACAAGCUUCUUCAUCCGAAUUUGACUGAGGGAGUGUGUUGCCAGCAGGAGAACAGUUUACCUGGUGGAAUGGUUCUCACUCUGCCAGUCUGGCAUCUUCCUAGAAAUCCAGGCUCUUCCAGGAGACCCCUUAGGGUAGGGGGAGAUGGACUUACUCUGAGGGCCUGUCACUUCACCAGUCCACACUGCUCCUGAGUUUACCCCCAGCAAUAGCCAACAAGUGGUUGAAAGCCCCACCUAGUGUUUGUUCCAGAUAUGGCUCUGCAUAGCAUGUGGAAACCAAGACCUUGAGGAAGAUGAGGGAAGCCCUUCUCCUCUCUCCACUGCACCCCCCCACUUCCCCUCGUACCUUUCAGUGCCAGAGUUCAGUGUUUAAACAGACAAAAUGUAAGUAUUGAAUAGGUGGUUCAUUUACCGAAUCCAUUUGGUAGGAAUAAGCCACCCGCUUUACGGUGUGCCUGAUGGAUUUUAAAGAUUCUCUGGGCACCCACUCAAGAGUGCUCAUUUUAUCACCUUCUGGAAAUCCCAGGUCUGACGGGCCCUGGUUUCUCAGUGCAAUGGCCCCACCUAGCGAUGGGAGAGAGGACUUCAGUCAGAUGGACCGAACAGAAAUGGGUUUCCAGAAGAAAGGUUAAAAAAAGAGGGGUUGUAGGUAGGAAGACAAAUAACUUUGACCCUUUAACAAAGGGGAGUGAGCCCAGGAGAGCCCCACCAGCAAAGGCAUCCCAGGAACCUGUUAGCAAAGCUAGGUUGGCCAUGUGCCCUUUGAUUUUGAACCUUGCAGGUCCCCACUCAUGCUCUGCCAGGAGCUGGGGCAAGAGAGCCGACUUGGGACUGCUGGCCCAGCCCCGACAGGGAGGCCUCUUCCCAAUGCCCCCGCAGGCUCACCACCUCACCCCUCUGCCGAGGCAUUUUUCCUUUCUUUGUGUGUGUUUUCUAUGUUCUUGGCCCCCAACCCCUCCUGCCACCUUUGUGGAUUAGGACCAGGUCCCAACCACAGUCAGAAAAUGAUACCGUGUACACCUUGACCAGUCACUAAUUUUCACUGUUGUAAAAGUGAUUUGAUUUAGAAUUAAACAAAUGGUUUUACAUAA